AUGCUUUAUGAACCCCGGAAAAUAAAUUCUUCAUCAAUUCAUAGAGAAGCUCUCGGCCUAGGCAAAUUAGAAAUGUGCAAGGGAUACGAGUAUGGAGAAUUGAUAUUUUUCGCAGUAAUGUUUUUAAUAAUUUUUAUACCACACAUGAUAGCUAUCAGAAAAUUGCAUCAUCCACUUGUUGGCUUCAUUAUAAGCUGCGUACAAAAUAUAUAUUUCACUUAUACGUUCAUUUCGAUUUUCUGCUGGGCAAAAAAUGGAAAGGCUUCACCAGGAUUCAUACCAAUUCUCGGAGCAGUACUCAUUCCUGCUUCUGUUAUAAUGAAUUACUUUAUAUAUUAUAGGCGAAAUAAUGGAAGAAAGCCAACACCUGUCACAAAAUUCAGGCGUAAAAUGUUCUUCGAUUAUUCACUUGGAAAAAAGCAGUUAAAAGAAGAAACAAAACUCAAGGUUAUGAGUAUUCCGAAAAAUGAAAACCCUGACGAUUUUCUUAUGAAUAUUCUUAAAGAAUCAAUAUAUGGACCUCCAAAAAUAUUCCUCCGAUCAUAUUAUAGCGAUAAGAAAGGAAUUUUCGUUUUCGUGCCUUAUCAUACAUGGGAACCAAUAUCUACCCCUAUAUUUGACAUCAAUAGAUCCAAAAUUAUGAUAUUAAAAUUUACGCAUUACUUUCAACUCACUGAAGAAUUACAAAAUAAGGUGAGAAUUUAUGUCAAUGGUGUGAAGUUUGUCCAUCAUGAAUACUUUGGAGUAGACUUUGAUGAAAGCAAGUGUUCUCUUAAAGAGGCGAAUCAGGCAGGAAAUUUACACCAAACAAUGGUCAUUUCAAACGGAUCUUUGCUUAUGUCAUUCCUCAAUAGCAAAUUUGGCUUUUUCAUAUAUAUAAUUAGCCAUAUCUUUGGUCUUUCUACAUUUUUCGACGAUUUAUUUGGAAUGCAAGUUUCCACAACAGAAAUUGAUACAAAGCGCUUGCUUUCAAAUGACAAUAGUCUCAGAAAUGAAAGAUAUAAGGCUGAUGCUAAUGGAGGAGUUGAUAUCGAGCAACCACCAAAAGAUCCAAAGCAUUUAAGAGAAUUUGCAAGAUAUUUCAUAAGCAUUGGAAUGAUAAGACCAAUGACAAGAAAUAAUCAACAAGAUCAGGAUCAUGAAGAAAAUUCAGAUAAACCAAAGAAGAAAAAGAAGAAAGACAAGAAGGAGAAGAAGGAGAAUGAAGAACUACUUGGGGUCGAUCAACCAGCAUUUCCACCUCCAUCUCAAGCUCCUGAUAGUGAAGAUGUUGAAUUACAAGACAUCUCAACUGUAAAUCCAUAUACCAAUCCAUACGAAGAUGACUAUUGA